AUGAGCUGUCGAUAUGGGUUGCAAGCAAUUCGUAAAACUAAACUAAAAACUUUCGCAUAUUUCACCAUACGAGAUCGCUUGCCGGUGACUUUAACUCGAGUUAUAGAUGGUUUAAGUAGAAAAAUUUCCAAAUUGAAGGCCGAACAUAAUGAGGAUGUUGCAGAAGAUGCUAUUGGCAUUAUUUCCAAAUUAAGCAAGUUAAGGAAUGAAAUGCAGACUAAUAAAGAGAUUCCAGAAUUAAAUGAUGAAUUUGAAGACUUACCAAUAUGGAACAAUUACCUAAGAAAUGCUGAUCAGUUGCAGGAAUCGGAACGACCUUUAAAAUGGUUUACCGCUUCCUGGCUAUUUACGGAAUGUUAUAUGUACCGUGGUAUUUUUUCUGCCAUCAUGGCUAGGCAAGUUUGA